AUGUCCGACGUUGGUCCCCCAACCGACCACAUUCAGACCUCUACCCCCGAAGAGACGCUCAAGUUACUCUACGAUCUUGACGCACUGACACAGAUUCCAGAAGGGGAGUUCACCAAGGACAUUCCCCCACCGCCUAUAGGGGAGUUUACCAAGCCAGCUAGUAAAUCGACAUCGACGCAAGAUGGGCAGCUUGGACCUUCGUCGGUACCGGGCGACUCAGGAAACCAGGUUGAUGACGAGGAGGAGGAGGAGGAGGAGGAGGAGGAGGAGGAGGAGGAGAGCGACGACGAAUACGACGAGCGUCCUCCGCGUAGCACGAAUCCGCGCACCUUGGAAGAACGCCUCCGGCGGGAACUUGAAUACAUAGAUGACAUGCUCGAACAGGACGAGGACGAGGACGAGCAGAACAUGGCGGUGCCAUGCAAACAGUGGAGAGCAGCAGACUUCGUCGAGGACGACAUGGUUUACGCAAGCAUCGACGUGCUGGUCAUAGACGCCCUACGCCACAUGCAAACCGUGGAGAAGAAUAGCACGCUGAGGCUGUACACCUCGUUCAUCUACCACUACAAGAGGUGGGCGGCGAAAAUGCUGACGCAAAUAUGCGACAAGCUUCCCCAGGAGCACAGGCGUAGGCACGUCGAUGAGAUCGGCCACUACAUCCGGGACAACAAGAAGAAGAAUUGGGACAAAGUGGCCGAGGUCCCCCGGGAGUACAUCUGGCUGCAUGGCCCUAGGAUGGCGGCGAGAGUGGAGGCGACGCUCUACCGGGAGAAGGAGCUGAGCAUCAUGCGGGAGAUCUCGGUGGUCAGAUCGGAGGUGCGGUUCAUGGUCCGCACCAAGAACGAGAGGGACGUCAAGAAUUGUGCCGACCGGCGUCGCGGCACCAUCGGCGAUACCUACACCGCCGAACAGUUCCGCCAGAUCAUGAUGAAGGUGCUGCCGACAUGGGCGGCGUCGGCGUGGAACCCGCGGGCAACCGCUCCUUCGCAGACGCUGUGGCGAUUUCUACUCACCAAGGCGCUCACGCCACUCUCCCACCACACUCUCCUGCGAGGCGCCAACAUCCGCGAGAUCACGCUCCCCGACAUCUUCUUGUACCGACUGGCUAGCACCUCGUCGGUGAACCCGGAGAACCAGCCGGUCGUCAUGGUGAUCGCCGCGCGGAACUCGAAGACCUCCAAGGAUGCCCGUCUUCAGCAGAGCUACGCGGCGCGACACUUGGAAGCGGAGUUGUGCGCCGUCGGCGAGACCGGCCUAUGGUUGCACUUCAUCCUCGACCAGAUCGGUCAGUUCAACGGCGUCGACUUCCUUCCGCCGCUUGACACCACCGAACGCGAGCGCUGGUACAAGAAGCACCUCUUAUUCGCCCGCAACGACAAGGAGCAAAAAGAGCUCUCCGCCGCCAGCCACCAACGUUGGACGCGGCAAAUGUGGACGACCAACAAGGUGUUCUGCAAGCGGAACGUGCACGCCUCUCGCGCCGGAUGUGCGCAGGAGCUAGCCAUUGAAGGGACGCCUCGCGCCGAGAUCGCCGAGCUGGGUCACUGGGCACUCGACAAGAUGACGCGUGCUUACAUCACAGCCAUUCCCGUUGGGGUGGUGAUGAGGAAGGCCGGCUACUCGGGUUGCAAGCAAGACUACUUCUUGGGUCGCAGCAGGGUCGAGCCCUCCGACAAACAAUUGGACAUCAUCGCCGAGCACAUCUUCCCCGGCGUGGAUGCUCUGCUGCGCGAUGCUGAAACGCGAGCUGCCAAAGGGAGCGACGCCGACAAAGCCGCCGUGCACUUCUGGCGUACCCUCCAGAUGAUGCGCCGCAUCGUCGCCGAGGACCUCGCGGUGAAGCUCGUCCGCACCCCUUGGCACCCGUACGUCCAAGGUUCGAAGCUCUGCCGGAUUGCCCUCUUUCAGCACUGGGCGAAAAGGGUCGAGAAGAUCGACACCGAAACGAUCAACAAACGCCGGGACCCAACCCUCAUUCAGCCAGAGGAAAUCUCCGUUCGCUUGGACACCAAAUACCAUAACAUGUCCCUCAAGGAGACGCUGAAGUACGAGAGGGAGCGCUCCGCGAUCGAGAAGAUUGACCUUCAGGAGGAACUCGAGAAGCGCGACGAUACCAUCGCGACGCUGACCGCCGAGAUAACCCGUCUCACUGAGGCACUCUGUGUGUUAGACGCACAGAGGAUGCCGGCGACGCCGCCGUCGGGGAACGAGCAGACGCCGAGCGAGAGUGGCUCCGCGGAUUCGGCCAGUACGGGGGCCAGAAACAAGAAACAGUUUGAGAAACCCCCACAGACGCUCGACGAGGCUCGUUACGAGCUCAACGUGGUGCAACCUUGGCGGGAGUCAAAGACCGUGAGGGACGCUUGGCGCCUCUGGAACUCCGCCACCGCCGAUGACACCCGUCGUCUUUGCGACAGGGUCGCCGAGCCGGGAUUCGUCGACCGCCACACCCUCCUCAAAGGCGCGACGCAGGGUGCACACGACAUGAAGGUGCGCCGCAUGCUGAAGGCCAUGGAUGCAGUGCGCCUUCUUCGCUCGAGCGACGGCGAUGCCGACACCGAAGCCGUCGUCGCUGCCCUGAACAAGAUCGCAGCGCUGGGCAUCGGGACCUUCUGCGAUGCCUUCACGGUGCUCAAACCGGGAACCGCACCGACGAAGUCCAAGGAGCCCGGCAUGGGCGUCAAGGGGCUGGGCCCCAAGUCGGUCUCGAAGCUUCGUCUCGCCUGUGCGCUGGUGGCAGUCAACUUGAAGCCGACCGCUUGA